AUGUCAUCAAACAUUCCUUCUGUAACUUCUGCUCCCAUUAACUCUAUUCUCGGUGCUCACAUCACAGCUCCUGCUGCUAAUGCCACACCUAUUAGUCGUUCUCCUCGUUCUCCUACUGCUCCUCAUCGCCCUGCUGCUGCAUUGGAGGAUCCCAAGGAUGUAACCACUGCUGCUUUUGUUUUAAAGGAUGGAACUAGUUUCCAGGGUAUUUCCUUCGGUUCUGAAUCAAAGAGUAUUUCCGGUGAAUGUGUCUUCCAAACAGGUAUGGUUGGUUAUCCUGAAUCCUUGACCGAUCCUUCUUACAGAGGUCAGAUCUUGGUUGUCACCUUCCCUUUGGUUGGUAACUAUGGUGUCCCUUCUCGUACUGAAAUGGAUGAGCUGUUGAAGGAUCUCCCCAAGAGAUUUGAGUCUAAUCAAAUCCACAUUGCUGGUUUGAUUGUCGGUAGUUACUCUCCUGACUACUCUCACUAUCUCGCCGAGUCCUCUCUUUCCACUUGGUUGAAGGAGAAUGAUGUCCCUGCCCUCUACGGUAUCGAUACUCGUGCUAUGACCAAGAAGAUCAGAGAUCAAGGUGUCACUUUGGCCAAGAUUUUGUUCCCCAAGAAGUCUAACGGUCUCGAGAAUGCUGCCUCUGCUCUCGGUCUCUCCAACACUCAAGAUGAGCCUGUCUCUGAAGAUGAACGCUGGAUGAAGUCUUAUGAGAAUGUUGAUUGGGUUGAUCCUAACGAACGCAAUUUGGUCGCCGAAGUCUCUAUCAAGGAAGCCAAGGUUUACUACCCCGAUCCUGCUAAUGCCAUCAAGACUCCUUCCGGUCGUACUAUGCGUGUCAUUGCUGUUGAUAUCGGUAUGAAGUACAACCAAAUCCGUUGUUUCGUCUACCGCGGUGUUGAACUCAAGGUGGUCCCUUGGGAUUAUGAUUUCAAUGCUGAGCCCGUUGAUUCCUAUGAUGGUCUCUUCCUUUCUAACGGUCCUGGUGAUCCCACUACUAUUAGCGUUACUGUUGAUAGAGUUCGCGAAUAUAUCAAGAACAUCAAGAAGCCCAUCUUUGGUAUCUGUUUGGGUCACCAAGUCAUGGCUCUUGCUGCUGGUGCUCAAACCCUCAAGAUGAAGUAUGGUAACCGUGGCCACAACAUUCCCUGUACCAACAUGAUCUCUGGUCGUUGUUACAUUACGUCUCAAAACCACGGUUAUGCUGUUGAUGCCGCUACUCUUCCCGAGAACUUUGAAGAACUCUUUGUUAACGCCAACGAUGGCUCCAACGAAGGUUUGAUUCACAAGAGCUUACCCAUCUUCUCUGUCCAAUUCCAUCCUGAAUCUACUCCUGGUCCUCGUGAUACUGAGUUCUUGUUCGAUGUCUUUAUCAACAACAUUAAGGAAUGUCUUGAAAAGAACACUUUGGCCCCUGUUCAAAUGCCCGGUGGUACCAAGGCUGAAAACAUCAAGAAGAAUCCUCGUGUCAGCGUCAACAAGGUUCUCGUUUUGGGUUCUGGUGGUCUGUCUAUUGGUCAAGCUGGUGAAUUUGAUUACUCUGGUUCUCAAGCCAUCAAGGCCUUGAAAGAAGAAGGCAUCUACACCAUUUUGAUCAACCCCAACAUUGCUACUAUUCAAACUUCCAAGGGUUUGGCUGAUAAGGUCUAUUUCUUGCCUGUUACUCCUGAGUUUGUCCGCAAGGUCAUUGAAUUUGAGAAGCCUGAUGGUAUCUACGUUACUUUUGGUGGUCAAACUGCUUUGAGUGUUGGUAUUGCUCUGAAGGACGAGUUUGAAGGUCUUGGUGUUAAGGUUCUCGGUACUCAAAUUGAUACUGUUAUUACCACUGAAGAUCGUGAUUUGUUUGCUCAAGCCUUGUAUGAGAUCAAUGAAAAGUGUGCUCAAUCUUCCUCUGCCGUCACUGUCGAAGAAGCUUGUGCUGCUGCCAAGGAAAUCGGCUACCCCGUCAUUUGUCGUGCUGCCUAUGCUUUGGGUGGUCUUGGCUCUGGUUUCGCUGAUAACGAGAAGGAGUUGAUUGCUCUCUGUAACAAGGCUUUUGCUACCUCUCCUCAAGUGUUGGUCGAAAAGUCCAUGAAGGGCUGGAAGGAAAUCGAGUACGAAGUUGUUCGUGAUUGUCAAGAUAACUGUAUCACUGUCUGUAACAUGGAGAACUUUGAUCCUCUCGGUAUCCACACUGGUGAUUCCAUUGUCGUUGCUCCCUCCCAAACUCUUUCUGAUGAAGACUACAACAUGCUUCGUACUACUGCUGUCAAUGUCAUCCGUCAUUUGGGUGUUGUUGGUGAGUGUAACAUUCAAUAUGCCUUGAACCCCUUCUCCAAGGAAUACUGUAUCAUUGAAGUCAAUGCUCGUCUCUCUCGUUCAUCUGCUCUUGCUUCCAAGGCUACUGGCUAUCCUCUUGCCUUUGUUGCUGCCAAACUUGGUUUGGGUAUCCCCUUGAACGAAGUUUCCAACAGUGUCACCAAGGUCACUUGUGCUUGUUUUGAACCUUCUCUUGAUUACGUUGUUGUCAAGAUUCCUCGUUGGGAUCUCAAGAAGUUCAACCGUGUCAGCACUGCUCUUUCUUCCUCUAUGAAGUCUGUUGGUGAAGUCAUGGCUAUCGGUCGUACCUUUGAAGAAACCAUGCAAAAGGCCAUUCGUGCCAUUGACUACAAUCUUGUUGGUUUCAACUCUUCUGACCUUAUCAAGGAUGAAGAUCUCGAUUAUGAGCUCACCAACCCCUCUGACCAACGUCUCUUUGCUAUUGCCAAUGCUAUGGAAAAGGGUUACACUGUUGACCGUAUCUGGGAAUUGACCAAGAUUGACAAGUGGUUCUUGAACAAGUUGAUGCGCAUCCACAAUCUCGGUGAACGUCUCACUGGCUUCACCAAGGCCAACCUUCCUGGUAACUUGAUCCGCUCUGCCAAGCAACUCGGUUUCUCUGAUCGUCAAAUUGCCAACAAGAUCAACAGCAAUGAAUUAGCUGUUCGCAGACUUCGUCAAGAAUUCGGUGUUACACCUUUUGUCAAGCAAAUCGAUACUGUUGCUGCUGAAUUCCCUGCCUUCACCAACUACUUGUACAUGACCUACAAUGCUACCGAACACGAUAUCUCUUUCGAGGACAAUGGUAUCAUGGUCUUGGGUUCUGGUGUCUACCGUAUCGGUUCUUCUGUUGAAUUCGAUUGGUGUGCUGUUCGCUCUAUUCGUACUCUUCGCGCCAAGGGCAUCAAGACUGUCAUGGUCAACUACAACCCCGAAACUGUCUCUACUGAUUACGAUGAAGCUGAUCGUCUCUACUUUGAAAACAUCAACUUGGAGCGUGUGCUUGAUAUCUACGAGAUUGAAAAGUCCUCUGGUGUCAUGAUGUCCAUGGGUGGUCAAACUCCCAACAACAUUGCUUUGCCCCUGUACCGUCAAAACGUCAAGGUGCUUGGUACCUCUCCUGAAAUGAUUGAUAACGCUGAAAACCGUUACAAGUUCUCUCGUAUGUGUGAUAACAUUGGUGUUGAUCAACCUCUCUGGAAGGAAUUGACCAGCUACGAGGAAGCUGAAGUCUUCUGUGCCAAGGUCGGUUAUCCUGUCCUCGUCAGACCUUCUUAUGUUCUUUCUGGUGCUGCCAUGAACGUUGUUUCCUCUAAGGAUGAUCUCGAGUCGUAUCUCAAGGAAGCCGCUGCUGUCUCUCGUGAUUACCCUGUUGUUAUCUCCAAGUACAUUGAAGAUGCCAAGGAAAUUGAAAUGGAUGCUGUUGCCUUGGAUGGUAAGAUGAUCAUGCACGUUGUUUCUGAGCACGUUGAAAACGCUGGUGUCCACUCUGGUGAUGCUACUUUGAUCUUGCCUCCUCAAGAUUUGGACCCUGAAACCGUUCGCAAGAUUGAGGCUGCUACUGCCAAGAUUGGUCGUGCUUUGAACAUCACUGGCCCCUUCAACAUUCAAUUCAUUGCCAAGGACAAUGAGAUCAAGGUUAUUGAAUGUAACGUUCGUGCUGCUCGUUCCUUCCCCUUCGUCUCUAAGGUUCUUGGUGUUGAUUUGGUUGAGAUGGCUACCAUUGCCAUGUUGGGUCUCCCUGUUGAGCCCUAUCCCAAGGUCAAUAUUCCCAAGGACUAUGUUGGUAUUAAGGUGCCUCAAUUCUCCUUCAGUCGUUUGUCUGGUGCUGAUCCUAUUUUGGGUGUCGAGAUGGCUUCCACUGGUGAAGUUGCCUGUUUCGGCAAAGACAAGUACCAAGCUUACCUCAAGGCUUUGUUGGCCACCGGCUUCAGUUUGCCCAAGAAGAACAUCUUGUUCUCUAUUGGUUCCUACAAGGAGAAGCUCGAGAUGUUGCCCUCUGUCAAGAAGUUGCAUGAGCUUGGUUACAAUCUUUUCGCUACCACUGGUACUGCUGACUUCAUCUCUGAGCACAACAUUCCUGUUAAGCAUCUUGACUCCUUGGAUGGUGAUGUUGAUGACAAGCUCAAGGCUGAAUACUCUCUUCAACAGCACUUGUCCAACAACUUGAUUGACAUGUACAUCAACUUGCCUUCCAGAAACCGCUUCCGUCGUCCUGCUUCUUACAUGUCCAAGGGUUACCGCUCUCGUCGUAUGGCUGUGGAUUACUCCAUUCCUCUUUUGACUAACGUCAAGUGUGCCAAACUCUUUGUGGAGGCUCUUGCCCGCAAGAAGGACUUUGAGAUUCACGGUGUCGAUUUCAAGAGCAGUAGCAACACUGCUACUCUCCCUGGCCUCUUCAACAUCAAUGCCUACUUGCAUUCUGCUGAGGAUCUUGCUCAAGUCACUGAAGCCUCUCUCAAGUCUGGUUUGACCACUGUCUCUGCCGUCUGUGCUGAUGUCAAGGAUCAAUCUUCUCUUGAAACCAUUAGUGCUGUUGCUCACAAGAAGGCCAAUGUUGACUACUUGCUCAACAUCACUGCUACUGCUGAUAACGCUGACAAGCUUGACACUAUGGCCUCUUCUGCUGCUGCUGUUUACAUCAACACUGAUAAGAUUGGUAGUGGCAACGUCUCUGUCUUUGACUCUGUCUUUGAGUCAUGGCCUAGCGAUCAAGUCAUGAUCACUGAAGCCAAGGGUACUGAUCUUGCCUCCAUCUUGUUGUUGGCCUCUAUCCACGGUCGUGCUAUCCACGUCUCCAAUGUCACUAGCAAGGACGAUUUGGCUUUGAUUGGUAUGUCCAAGAACAAGAACCUCAAGGUCACCUGUGAUGUCUCCAUCUACUCUCUCUUCCUCAACAACGCUGAGGUCGACUCCAAGACUUUGCCCUCUGCUGCUGAUCAAGAAGGUUUGUGGAACAAGUUGAGCGUCAUUGACUGUUUCUCUCUUGGCUCUACUCCUGCCAAGUUGGAUGGCUCUGCUGUUGCUGGUAUCGCUGAGGCCUUGCCUUUGCUCUUGACCGCUGUUGCUGAUGGCCGCUUGUCUAUCCAAGACAUCAUUGAGCGUAUGAACGAAAACCCCAGACGCAUCUUUGGCCUUUCUGCUCAACCUGAUACCUAUGUCGAUGUUGAAUUGGACCGUCCCAAAACCUGGAAGUCUGGUGUUCUCUCUGGCAAGAAGACUCAAGGUCUUGUCAGUCGUGUUGUCAUCAAUGGCGCUACUGUCUUUAUGGAUGGUAUUGUCAGAGUUGAGGGUACUUUGGGCCGUGAUCUCUCCGUUCAAGCCAAGGCUGCUUCUGCUGAUAGUGAUGUCGUUGUUGCUCCCAAGAAGAAGACUGAAUCCACUCCUGCUUCUAUUGCUCACAUCACUGAUGUUCCUGAGACUGCUCCCGAAAGAAAGUCAAUUCAACCCUUCGAUCCCAUCAAGUUGGCCGGUGCCAGUGAUCAACAAUUGGUUCCUUUCACCUUGCCCAGCUAUGAAAUCUCUGCCUCUCUUGCUCGUGUUGUAAGCAGAUCUCCCUUCUACCGCAAGCACAUCCUCCGUUCCAAGCAAUUCGACCGUAGCGAUCUUCACUUGUUGUUUGGUGUUGCCCAUGAGAUGCGUAACCUCGUUGAGCUCUAUGGCUCCAUCAGCUUGUUGCAAGGCCGUGUCAUGAGCACCAUGUUCUUUGAACCCUCUACUCGUACUUCUUGCUCAUUCGAAGCUGCCAUGUACCGUUUGGGUGGUAAGGUUGUCUCUGUCACCGCCGCUACUUCUUCUGUUCAAAAGGGUGAAUCACUCGCUGAUACUGUUCGCACUCUCGGCUGCUACUCUGACCUCAUUGUCCUCCGUCAUCCUCAACCUGGAAGUGCUCAAAUUGCUGCCAAGUACUCCAAGGUACCUAUUAUCAACGCUGGUGAUGGUAUUGGUGAACAUCCCACUCAAGCUUUCUUGGAUGUCUUUACUAUUCGUGAAGAACUCGGUACUGUGAAUGGCUUGACUGUUACCAUGGUGGGUGAUUUGAAGAACGGUCGUACUGUCCACUCCUUGGUCAAGAUCUUGGCCUACUACCAGGUCACAAUCAAUUAUGUAUGCCCUGACAGUUUGUCUAUGCCCAAGGAUGUCAUGGAGGAAGUCGCUGCUGCUGGUAUCAAGCAAAACUUCUACUCCACUCUUGAUGAAGUGAUUGGUAACACUGAUGUCUUGUACAUGACUCGUGUUCAAAAAGAACGUUUCAGCUCUGAAGAAGAGUAUGUUCGUGUCAAGGAUGCCUUCAUUCUGAACAACGAUGUCUUGAGCAAGGCCAAGUCCCAAAUGAUUGUCUUGCAUCCUCUUCCUCGUGUCAAUGAAAUUGAACCUGAAGUUGAUUUCGAUCAAAGAGCUGCCUAUUUCCGUCAAAUGAGAUAUGGUCUCUACGUUAGAAUGGCCUUGUUGGCUCUUGUCAUGGGUACUCUUCGCGGUUAA